GAGUCGCUUCUAAAAGGGGAUCCUCUGCAGGGACUGCUCUCACAAAAACCACCCCCUCUGCCAUCUUUCCUCUUCUCUCUUCCUCUCUUCACUCCUGUUUUUCUUCUCGCUACCUCUCAUUUCCUUCUUCCUUACCCAAGUCCGACUUGACUACUUCAAAGGAGUCGCCGAAGCUUUUUCGAUCACAAUCUUUGUGAAAUCCAAAAUUCAAAAUGUCCAAGCUCUUUGUCGGAGGCCUUGCCUGGCACACUACUGAUGAGACCCUCCGUCAGGGUUUCUCCGAGUUCGGUGCCAUUGAAGAAGCUAUUGUCGUCAAGGACCAUGACACCAACCGCAGCCGCGGAUUCGGCUUCGUCCGUUUCGCCAACCCUGAGGAUGCCGACACCGCUGCGCAGGCCAUGAACAACCAGGAAUUCGACGGCCGCGUCAUCCGUGUCGACAAGGCCUCGGAGCGCCAAGGCCCGCGCUCCGGUGGUGGUUUCCAUGGACGCGGUGGCUACAACCGUGGUGGAUACGGCGGCGGUGGCUGGCGUAACAACCAGCAGCAGGAGGAGACUGGCCAUGCCGAGUAGGCUGUUUAAGCAUGCCCACUGCCAUGGACCGGCCUUCUGCCGUUUUUAUGAUGGAGACUUACGAAGACACGACCACUGCCUCUUUACUUUGACGUCUGUUCAUUGCGAUAAUGACAUCUCUUUUGACUUGAUCCGCAUCGUGUGGCUAAAAUCAUUGUGCUUUGUCGUUUAC